AUGGGUUACAUGACGGCCAUGUCUACGUUGAAGGAGAGGUUCGGUCGCCCCUUCCAGGUAGUGAAGUCCUGCAUCGAUAGAGUGACAAAGGGUCCAAGGCUGACAUUCCAGAAUAGGAAGGGCUUGCUUGAAUUUGCAGACUUGCUGAACUCGACAUACCACACUCUUCAAGACCAAGAGCUACUCGUGGAAGCCAACACGCAGACGACACUCCGCUCAAUCUUUGAUAGACUGCCGGGCAAAUCGGCAAAGAUUGCCAACCAUGCUGUAUACGCCGUUAAUGCUAGUUUGGAAAACAAGGGAAACAAGCCAAUAGCCCCGAAGAAGAGUUUUGAUGCGAAGGCAAGGCCGCUGACAACCCUCUCUACACAAAUAGUAAGCAAGCCAAAGUUUGAAGCAAAGACGACGCAGAAGAACUUUGCCAAUGCUGCCAAUGGUAGUUGUGCACACUGCAAGGCACUUCAUGGAGUUAAGGAUUGUCCAGGUUUCAUGGCCAAAGACAUAGAAUUUCGGAGGAAGAUGGAGCAGAAACCAGUCGCCAAGAACUUGUCAUCCGCCGUAAAAGCUGAUGAAAGGAGCCAGUCGGUGCAUGUGGGAUCAUUGGUCCCAUCUAAGCCGAGACAGAUGGUGCUGUUGAAAGUGAUUCCAGUCCAGAUAGCUGCUGACAAUGGGAAGUCAAUCACCACUUUGGGCCUGUUGGACUCUGGAGCCAGCGCAACGUUGAUGACUCAACGAGUGGCAGACAAGUUGGGAAUAAAGGGAGCACCGGAAACCAUCAGCAUCAAUACAGUGUUGGCAACCGGUCAGGACCAAGAAGUCGCAGUCUGCGAGUGUAUGCUGAAGCCCGUUGAUCUUGAUUUGUCAACGCCUGUGGAUAAGGAAGCCGUGUCGAUUUUGAUUGGAGAAGAUGUACCUAGAGCACACACAAUCCUGGAAGGUCAUUACGGAACUGACCAUCAAGUCGAACCAUAUGCAGUUAGAACACCAUUAGCCUGGUGUGUGGCAGGGCCCACCCAUGAUGGCUCGGGGUCAACAGUUGAUGCUAAUCUGACGAUAUCAAACAGGGGUUUGGAUCAACAGAUUGAUGAGUCAUCUAUUGUGACCAAAGGCAAAUCUGGUGGAACUCUGGAAGUUGAGUCAUCUAGUGCGACCAAAGGCAAAUCUGAGAAGAUUGAAAUCAGCCAAUACAACCAGAAGUUGAUCCUUUGGCAGACUGAAAGGCAUGAGUUUGUCUGUGAAGACAUAAAGAUGGUGUCUGUCGAAGAUCACCGUGCGCUAGACUUACUCGAUAAGGGGACUAAGUUGGUGAAUGGUCAUUACAAGAUUGGGCUUUUGUGGAGAAAUGAACCGCCUGCUUUGGCUGACAACAGGGUUGUAGCCGAGAAGAGACUCGAGGGAAUUAAGCGACGCUUUCAACGGGACACGGCAUUUGCUGAGAAAUAUUGCCAAGCCAUGGAUGUUUACUUCGACAAGGGCUAUGCAAGAGUGAUGGAAGCAGAGGAAGCAGGCCCGAAAACCUGGUAUCUGCCCCAUCAUGGGGUAGUAAACAUCAACACGCCUGGAAAGUUUAAGGUUCCGUCUGACGACUGCGAUGCCUUGCGGUUUUUAUGGUGGAGGAAUGGACUCAAUAAGCCCCCAGUUGCUUGCCAGAUGACCAGCCAUAUCUUUGGAGCCGCCGAUAGCCCAAGUGUAUGUACAUAUGGUAUGCGAAGAUGUGCUGAUGAUCACAAAGCCCAAUUCGACCCAAGAGUUGCAGAGGCUAUCUACCGAAGCUUUUAUGUCGAUGACUUUUUAAAGUCGGUUGCUGUGGCAAGUUUGGCAAUCCUACUGGCCUUGCAGUUGAUUGAACUUCUGGCAAAGGGAGGUUUUAAGCUGACAAAGUUUAUGUCUAACUCUAAGGAGUUUUUGAAGGCUUUACCUGGAGAAGUCCAGGCGUCUGGUUUUGUGGACUUGAGCAUGGAGUCGCAAAACGAAGAGAGAGCAUUGGGAGUUGGAUGGAACGUCGGUGAAGACACGUUAGGAUUGCAGGUGACAGGAAUAAGUAAGACCGGUACCAAAAGCAACACACGAAGAGAGUGUCUUGCCGCAGUGAGUUCCCUCUACGACCCACUCGGCCUCGUUGGACUGGUUACUCUUGUUGCAAAGAGGAUCCUUCAAAUGAGCUGCAAGUUAAAGUUAGCCUGGGAUGACGAACUACCAGAAGAUUUGUUGAAGGCCUGGGAAGUUUUGAAAUUAAGUCUUGCUGGUCUGACUGAGAUUAGAGUCCCAAGAUGGUACUUCACCUCAGAGAGCGAGGGACGUUACGACUCCACCACUUUCCGACACUUCGGAGAUUGGCUACGGCACUGUAUCUUACUUGAGGAAGGUGUACGAAGAUGGAUCAGUGGAGUGCGCGUUUGUGAUGGCCAAGACAAGAACUGCCCCAAGUCAUAUGUCCGUAGCAGGGAAAGAAGGUUCAAGACAUACGUGGCCAAUCGCGUGGGUGAGAUACGUGACUCGUCAACGCCUGAGCAGUGGCACCACGUGCCAGAGAAAAAACUUAACCUGGCAGACCUGGCCUCUCGAGGCCAAUCAGUCAAGAGCUUCAAGAAGAGUGAACAGUGGUUCCGAGGGCCAGAUUUCUUAUGGCAAGCAGAGUGCUGCUGGCCCAACGCAGAAGUAUCAGCUCUACCAGAAGAUGAUCCUGAGAUAAAGCAGGAGAAGCUAGUCGGAGUGAUUGCUGUUGGAGAUAGACCCCAAGUAGUAAAUGGCAGACCUCUGGUUGACCGUCUGAUUCAUCGGUACUCUUCAUGGAACAAGCUGUUGCGACUAGUUGCCAUACUGAGGAAGUUUGUUGGGUACCUUAAAGACAAGUCCAAGGUGCGCAGAGAGAUUACAACAGAAGAGCUGAAAGGUGCUGAGCUUGCAGUCAUCAAGUACGUGCAAGGGUCCGAAUAUGCUGAGGAAAUCGCAGACUUGCAGAGGUGCGGAAGAGUGAAAAACACUAGCCCAUUUAAGAAGCUGAGACCUGUGUUGAUCGAUGGGAUAUUGCGAGUAGGAGGUUGA